AUGGAGGCUACUCCAGAUUUUACGUACGAAAUCGAAAACAAUCCUGAACCUCAAGAAAUUGGCACAAUCGUUAUCUACACUACUUUCCUCAGUCAAGUCAACAUGGACCCAAUACUAACCCGGUCUAGAUUCUCAUGUUCGUUACCUACCACAGAAUUCAUUGAAGACAACGCAUCUCCUAGAAAAGAAGAACUCUAUUCCUUCUUGAAAGAAUCAGGAGUCGAUGAAGACGAUACGAUCAAGCUAAUAGAAAAACUCAUUGAACUUGCAUUAAGUGUAACUUCCUCGGUUGAAUAUCGUCCACAUUACGCCUUGUCAAUAUGGCUAACCCUUAGCAUUGGGGUAGUUCCUUCGAGUCAAGAAUUAGUCCUCGAUGACUCUCAAUUCGAAGAGGCAAUUCGAGCCUCACUCGAUGAUUAUGAGAGGAAUAUCGGGUUUAGACCUGCAAGCAAGUUAGGAGUAGGGUCAUUAAGUAGGAGAAGAUACAAGAGAAAACCAAAAACCAGUUUAGUUUCUAACUGCAAGACGAAAGGAAAAACCAGCUCAAUUACUAACCAUUGCACAAUUUGUUUAGAGGAGUUUAAAAACGGGCGAAAAGUCGUUACUUUACCUUGUGGUCACGAGUUUGACAACAAGUGUAUUGUGAAGUGGUUUAAGGUUAGCCAUGUUUGUCCAUUGUGUCGGUUCGAGUUACCAUCUGAAGAUGAUUUUUCUCAAACAACCACAAUAUUCUAA